AUGCAUCGCUUGCUUCGAAGAGAAAGAGCGAAGCCAACAAAUCCCUACGUCAACGGAUGGAGGUUUACUGUGCGGCAACAUAUUCCUCCUCCUCCAACCCCAAUGACAGAUUCAUUUGGCUUGAAUGAUAAGACUGGAACGAGGGAAAGAAGGAAGCUUCAUCCAGUCCAACGAUGCAUAAAGCACCCGCCACUGCAAGGAUCUGACGGACCAUUUAGUAUUGAGUUACAAAUAUGCAAGAUACUACAGGCAGGAAAUGAACAGAAUGCCCAGCUGGUUCUCGUUGAAGUUAUUAGUGUCGUGCCCUUGAAAGCCCUGGAAAAGGGAAAGCGAGUGGUGGCGAAGAUAUAUGACCCUUUGUAUCUUAAUGAUGACGGCGGCUUUUAUGACCCUUUCGUAUGUGUUGACAAUCACUACACGCACGAAGUCGCUGCAUACAUGACACUUUCAGACGUUCAGGGCUCUAUGAUUCCCGAAUAUUAUGGGUCAUUUUCCUUGAAAGUGCCUGUCGACGCAUCCAACACACGCGAAGUCCGUCUCAUCCUGAUUGAGUAUAUACCUGGGCGCUCAAUGUGGGAUAUUUCUCCCAAAGAAGUACCGCAACGAGAUCGACAGAACAUCAUGAAGGCUAUUAUCCAGUUCGAAACUUUGGCGUACACCCGGGAUAUUCUUCUACCAGAUCUCAAGCCGAGAAAUGUUGUGGUGGCUAAUACUUCCGCCCAUGAAAAAGCCGUUUGCAUUGAUUUUGGUGAUGCACAAUUCGGUCGUGGGAGCAUAUUCAACAGUCCUGUGAUCGACGCAUAUCUCCUCCCAGGUAUCGGAUAUUGCGCGAAUGGAAUUGGCUUGUUGCACCCCGGAAUGACAUUGUUGGGGCAAUUAUAA